AGCCAGUCGCGCUUGGCAGUGGUGUGGGCGCUGCCCGAGGUGCUGAGUAGUGACAGGGAGUCCCCCAGCAACAGGCAGAGGCUAGGGAAAAGCUGCCGUCCCGCUGUCCGGCUGGAGCCAUGGCCGCGCUGGAUUGGUACGCGCAUAAGGCUCUGGGGGACGGCAUUUUCUGGAUCCAGGAGCGCUACUAUGAAUCUGGAAAUCGGGCCAACAUCUGGCUAAUUCGCGGCUCCCACCAGGACCUAGUGAUUGAUACGGGGCUGGGGCUGCGGAGCCUGCCGGAGUACCUGUGCGCCUCCGGGCUGCUCCCUCACGGGCAGGAUGGGGGCUCCGGGCGGAGGCCUCUGAUGGCUGUAGCGACUCAUGUCCACUUCGACCACGCAGGCGGCCUGCACCAGUUCGGGCAAGUGGCCGUGCACAGGCAGGAGGCCGAGGCCCUGACCCGGGGGGAUAACUUCGAGACAGUGACGUGGCUGUCGGACAGCGAGGUGGUGAAAGCGCCCAGUCCGGGAUGGAGCGCCAGUCAGUACAGGGUUCAGUCUGUCAAACCCACUCACGUCCUGGAAGAUGGUGAUAUAAUUAGCCUGGGCGACAGGCAGCUCACUGUGUUGCAUAUGCCCGGCCAUUCUCGAGGAAGUAUCUGCUUGCACGACAGAGACCGGAAAAUCCUUUUCAGUGGGGAUGUUGCAUAUGAUGGAUCCAUGAUCGAUUGGCUUCCUUACAGUAACAUCCCUGAAUAUGUCAGGUCAUGUGAGCGACUGAAAGAAUUAGUGGACAGAGGCCUUGUAGAGAAAGUGCUGCCUGGGCAUUUUAACACAUUCGGGGCUGAAAGGCUUCACCGCUUGGCUUCCAACUAUAUAUCAAGUGCUGGUGUUUGCCAUAAAGUUUCAACAUGUGCAGUGAGAUCUUUUGCAAGUUUAGCCCUACGUGUAACUAACUCAAGGAGAACUUAGAUCUGUUACCAACUAAUGGCAGAAAAGAACUGAAAAUAAGUGUUUGCUAUGCAAAAAUUCUGUUUAUCAAGCCAAACAAUCAGACAUUCAGAACAUAUUUUCUCUGCACUGCCUACCACAGAGAAAAGCAUUAUUGGUGAAGGUUUGAAGACAUUUCACUUUUUUAUCAGGCUUGGGUAAGCAUGCAGUGGAAAAACACAGUGGAAAAGCACUUACAGAAGUAUAGUGUAUGUAUUUGAAUGUGAGGAUAUAUAUAUAUACAUAGUAUAUAUUAAAAAAUCAAGGAUAUACAUUUAUUAUUUAUUCAAAUAGUAUUAA